AUGUACAACCGACCCAAAGUUUUCCGCUUUGAGCCCUCGAGCUCGUGUAUAUUUUCGGGUCUCGGGCUCAAAGAUCUCCGCUCUACUUCACCCCUUGUCUUUGAAUCAUGUACUUUAGAAGACGAUGGACAAUAG